UAUCUUUCAACAAAUAUGCCUAUGUUAUCAUAAAUGUUCCUCUACAGCUAACCAUGGAUAAAGUGGAAGUUUCUACUGAAAAUCUCUGCAGAACUUGCAUGGGGAAAGCUGUAGAUUUGCGAUCACUUACCAGUACCACUAUUGGAGAUAGGACCCUGAGCGAUGUGUUGUGUUUCGUAGCCAACAUCAUCGUCAAACCAGACGACAAACUUCCCAAACACAUAUGCGCUGAUUGUGAAGCCCAGAUGAAGCUGUCUGAUACCUUCAAACGCCGUUGCCUGGACGUAGAAAGCAGAUUUCACAUGCUUAUAAAUAACUCGGACCAGAAUUCUGAAGUUGCUAGCAACCUUAUUAAGUCUGAAGAUGUGAAAUAUCCCUACCAGUGUUUCAUUAAAGAUUUAGACCCUGAUGCUAAAGAGGAAUUAGAAGAAACUGUAAACAAAAAUGAGCAGGAUCCUAAAGAUGAUAAUAAUGUAAGUAGCGAAGUGAUAAGUCAAGAUGAUGUGAAAGAAGAGAUCCUAGACAGUGAUAGCAUUGACAUUGAUUAUGGCACGUUCCCUAAUGAUUUUGAAGACUAUGAGUCCCUUCCACUAGAAGACCACGAGAAAUAUAUGAUUCAUUUUAAAGCGGAAGAUAAAAGCAUUGUCUCCUGUUCACUGUGUAACUUUGUUUGCAUUACGAAAGAAGAACAUGAAGAGCAUUUGCGAAAGAAACAUUUCAGAGGAAAACUUGUAAAAAAAGAGCCUAAGACAAAAAAACGAAAAGCCCUUGACAGAAAAAGUAGUCAUGAAAACAUUGAAAAUGAAUUAGAAAAGCAGGAAGAGUCUUUUGUUUGUCCUGUCUGUGCCGAGCAAAUAAUUGGAGCGGAUGCGUUCAAGAAACACAUGAAACAGUCACACAAGUAUACCAAACCAGACUACAAAGAACCAGAAAAACCGUAUGAAUGCUCACACUGUAUGAGAAAAUUCGCUAAAAAAGUUACCCUAGCCACACAUUUGAAAAGACAUGAAAAUCAACCACUUCCUUCAAAUCCAUCACUUACUAAAUCAGAGUACAAAAACACCGAAAAAAAGUUUGAAUGCUCUUACUGUUUGAGAAAAUUUGCCAAAAAGGUAACCUUAGCUGCACAUGCAAAACGUCAUGAAAAUCCACCAACAUCACAUGUGUGCAUUAUAUGCAAAAGAGAUUUUAGGCACCGAGCACAUCUGGAUAACCACAUCCUUUCUGUGCACACUACACAAGAUGGCUACAAAUGUGAUUAUUGCUUGAAGAGUUUCCCUAACGAAGACAGCUUAAAAUUACACAAGGAAGCUCAUAAUAGCGAGAAGAAGCAUAAGUGUCCUAUGUGUGAGAAAGCAUUUAAUAUGUUAUCAACUUUGCGGGACCAUAUCCGAGUGCAUACGGGAGAGAAGCCAUACUUGUGCCCUACGUGUGGCAAGGGCUUCACCCAGAACACAAACUUGCAAGAGCAUUUACGGAGACAUCAAGGCAUCAAGCCUUUUAAAUGCGAAAUGUGUGAGAGAAGGUUCGUAUCCAAAGGCGAGCUCUCAGCGCACGCUCGCAAACACAGCGGGGCUCACCCCUUCGUCUGUUCCGAUUGUGGCAACGCGUUCACCACGUCGAGCUCGCUCGUGAAGCAUCGGCGGACGCACACGGGCGAACGACCGUAUGCUUGUGACAUGUGUCAUAUGAAGUUCGCUGCUUCCGGAACCCUCAAGAACCACCGUCGCACGCACACGGGGGAAAAGCCUCACAAGUGCACGCACUGCGACAAAGCCUUCGUGCAAAAGAACGACCUGGCCGCCCACAUGAGAUGUCACACAGGCGAGCGUCCCUACGUGUGUGCAGCCUGCGGCCAGGCCUUCAGACAGGGCUCGGCGCUGAAGACACAUCUGAAGAUGCACUCCACACAGCCCGGUAGGAAGGACUUACUGAUGUUACAGUUGGGGCAUUCAGGCGGCAGUGUUUAGGAGUAAUAGAGACAAAAGUGUGUUUUAUUCUGUAAAGAAAUCCUCGGAUACUAAAUUGACAAAUUGUGAACGGUUCAUCAGCAGUCGAUUGUCCCGCGAUUAUAGAGCGUUUCUUCAAAUAACAUGACUUAAAUAAAGAAAAUCCACCCUUAGUCCAAUGUAAUAAGGGUUUUGACAGAUCAAUUAUCCGGUGAAACGGUCUAUAAGUGCCGUAUCGUUCUAUUGGUGGGACAAUCGACUGUCUAUGGACCGUUUAGAAACUGACAAUUUGAAGCUGAAGACAGAUCUAGAUAAUAGAAAUACGUGAAUCUGUAACCUAGUGCGAUGGAGAUUCAUCUUUGAGUCAACGUUGAAUGUAGUUAUAAGAGUAUCUUUCUUCUCGUCUUUUAUUUAGUGCAUUUUUUGGUCCAUCGUUGAUUCAUCAAUGAAAAUUUGUGUCAUUCUUAGUUGAAUUUAAAAAAUAUCUAAGUAUAUGUACAAAAUUGUAUACCAUUUUUAAAGACGUAACUAAUUUAAUAAUGUACAGUCGGAGCCAAAGAAAGCUGACCCCUGUCAGAGUGCCAAUGCUACCUGAGAAAAGUUAGGUUUCGUUGCUCCAGACUGUACCUAAAAAUAUUAAGUAAAGUCAACUUAGUAUUAAGUGAAAUUUGACCAAAAUAAAAAAUGAAUUGUAAUUUUUUUUUAUUUUACCUUGAUCUUUAAUUUUUAUUAUUAUGUAUUAAUUCAGUGUAUUGUAUGAAUAAUAUGUUUUUAGUACUUAUUUUAAUCCUUAUGUAUUUGACUUACAGUGGUUUUGUUUAUAUCUUUCCAAAUAAAACUCAUCGAAACACAAAAUAAAUUCUUUAUUAAAAUUCCAAUUUUAUUCAAUACAA